AUGUUGGAAGAUCUAUUGUACGAAAUUCUUCCCGUGAUCGGAUUCGCAAUGGUCGCAUCUACAGCAUUCGUCAUUCUCGUGAUGAGGAAAAACACAACCGACUCUUUGAUAUUCUGUUUAUUCUUCGCUAUUUCCGGUAAGUUUAAAAUAAAAAUAAAAAUUGUAACAUUGUCGAACUGUACAGAUCUGCUUUCGGGAAUCGGCACUUUGAUUGACGGUUUCUACGGAGUCAUCGUAACAAUUUACGGAAGUACAGUGGAUGUGAGUAGUCGCCGGAACAAGUUAUUCACACAAAUGACCGAUUCCAGACAAUGACACCCAUCGACUGUCUCACACGAGCAGUGAAUGUCCCCAUUUUCCUAAUCACUGACUAUCUCCAUCUGCUCCUCUUGUCCGCUUUCGCUUUCGACCGAUUGAUCCAGAUUCUUCUACCCGUAGCCUACGGAAAAAUAUUCCCCUAUUUCCUGAACUGGAAGUUGUUUAUUGUGCUAUUCUUCGCCUCCGCCGGUCUCUCAAUCCAGGGAAUAAUAUUUCCUCUCGAGGUAAACACUCUUACAGUAAUCCUUCAUUUCAUCCGUUCAUUGCAGUCCCGUUUUAACACUACCAUCCGAGUUAUGAGUCAAUGUCGGUUCGAUGAGACCGUCGGAGAAGAGUACUACCUGCAUCACAUUUUAACGAUGCAAUGGGGUCCGAUUGUGUGCAUCGGAGCGCUUUCCCUCAUUAUCGUGCUUUAUUGCAUCCGUCAGUCGAGGCACAAAUGGAGCUACAACUGGUCGGAGCAAACUGGAACGACCAAACAAGUGAGGGCUCCCAUCGGAAAACUAGUUUCAAAUUGAAGUCUUUCAGCUUUUCGCCACCAUUUUCAUGCGAUGCUUUCUGUCCGGAAUCUCCAUUCACGUACCUCUCCUGCUGAUCGCUCGCACUCCAGAGGGACAUGAACUGAUCAGCAUCAAGGAUCACAUCGUCCGAGUCUCCUACUGGAUCAUUGUCAUUAUCUUCCAACCCCUCUGGCAUCUCUUGAUUCUGUCUACAUUCCAAUCCAACGUCUAUUCUCUUUUCAACAGGUAUUCGCACAACACUGAACGGAAAUGGCAGAGCGCCAGUAAGUUCUUCUUCUUAUUCAUUCAAGUCCCUAUCAUUCUCUCGUUCAGAUGAUCCACCUGAGGAAGGCCCCGUCCAUUUAGACCGUCACGGUUCUCCGAAUCCCUUCGGAUCCUGGUACUCUAUGACUGGCAACAUAACUGGAGAAGCAGGAGUUCCGAUUGGAAACGAGCGGUCCGUCAGCUUCUACUACAAGGAAUAA